UAUGCGUUUCAAUAUGGAUAUCUUAUAUAUUUUACCUCUUUGGGAAGAAUAGGUUCUGGCUGGUUCCAGAGCUGAACAGACUUAAGCCAAUCAGAUUUCAUGUUCUUGUCCUCAGAAUCAUUGUCCGGAUCAUGAGUUCCGUGUUCAUAGUCGAACUCUUCAUCUUCUUCUUCAUUGGAGGGCGAUGAAUCUUUAAUAGUUAAAAAUUUCUCCAAGACUACAUGUCUACAUUCACCGAUUGUCUGCUCCGAGCACUCUGGUCGUCUGUACAGAUUGUAUGUCGCCAUCUCUGGUAACUCCCUCUUACAUGCCUCGAUUGCUAAGCAAACAAAACCAAACAAAGUUAAGUUUUCCUUUUUUAGAUGCUAGAAUUUUCACAUAUAUGUUUUUGCAUUUCUUUGUAGUAUAUAUAUUAUACCACUCGUUGUAUAUGUAUAUUAAUAGAUCAUAAUACGUCAAUAUGUAUGGAAACAAAACAACUCGUACUAUAUAUGUAUAUUAAAUUAUAAAUGUAAUAUUAAGGAAUAAUUUUUAUAAGAAAAUGAUUGUUUAAAAAUAUGAAAAUAAAAAUUUAAUAAUUUAUUUAAUUAGUAUUAUUAAAAGAAAAAAAUAUUUGAAGUAGAGUUGUGGAUGAUUAGAUAAAUGAGCAAAAUUGGGGAUGUAGCAAAGCGAAGACCGAUAGGCCAACUACAUGAACCGAUUGGUGCAUACCACCUCAGGACGGAAUGGUUUACUUUUGGGACCAAUCGGUACUAUCCCAUCAAAUCCGCAAAUUAAAACUACAUAUGGUUUAAGACAUGUUUAAAAGAUCAGAGCAAAAUCUUUGGGAGAAUUUCACACACCAGAAUCGUCUUUGCAUGGAUCAAUAUGCUAUUCGACCCCAGUUCUACAAAUGCUUGCGUUUGAGAUCAAACCUCUAACCAUCCAAAUCGUCAAGUAGAACAUCUUCAAUAGACAUCCAUAUGAGAAUUCCUUUGACUAUAUUUGAAUCGUCUGAGGAGCUGUGUCGAUCAUAGUGUUCCUUAUAAUUACGUGAUACUCAUUUUCAAGUUUUUUUUCUUGUGAUAAAGCAGUUAUGUGGCUGAAGUUGUUGGAACUAGGAUCAAUCACCACAUGGGCUCAGUGCAAAUAAAUCUUCAUAGACCACUUAUACUCUAUAGCAAUGACACCGGAUUAUUUAGGAGUUGGUCUAUAAAAUAAAUAUCAAUUAUGUAUGUAUUAUUCUGCUGAUCCAAGUCACUAGUCUAUAUUCCCAAAAUAUAUUUAUUUUUUUUCGCAAAAUAUUUUGUUACUCUGUAGAUGUCAAGGUUAGCUUAGACUUUUUUUGGCUUAGUAGACUUGAAUCUUUUAUAAUUGAGAAAUUAAUUUUCAAUUUUCGAGGAUACAUUAAAAUUGUAAAUCAGAUCAAACGUUUAUAUUCUUUAGACCUCCUGAUUUUUGAACUAGAUGAUUAAAACGCAUAUAAGUUUAUGUUCUUCAAGAGUAGAGAGUUAUAACUUAUAAGCAUUCAAGUUUUGUAUCCCAAUAUUUUUGGUGGAUUUUCUUAACCUUAUAUUUUGGUUGAUAUAAAGGUAAAUUUUAACAUAUUUCACCGAAUAAAUUUACAUUAGAAAUCUUUUUCUUACCGUAAUAGAAACACUACCAUUUCUCCGUACGAUAAAUAAAUUAUCUAUAUUAUUAAAAGAGAAGUAUCCACUAAACAAUACUUAUAAGUUUUCUAACUUAUUUACACUUCCAUGCUAUUGAAAAUUAAAUUAAACUACUUAUUUUAAUGCUUGUCUUUUUCAAUUAAAUUAAUGAAUUUUCAUUAAUCAAAUUUAAACAUAAUGUCAUUAAAUAAACCUACCUAUUUUAAUGUUUGUAUUUUUCCAGUUAAAUUAAAGAGUUUUCAUUAAUCAAAUUUAAAUUCAAUGUCAAUAAAUGAACCUAAAAAAUACAUCAUAUUUAACGUAGCUUUAUUACGGACAAGUACGGCCCAAUAAUGAACUUAAAUUUUAUUUUUACGAAAAUGUGAAUCACUUGACAUAUGUAAUAUUUAAAAUAUAUUAACUACAAUAUAACAAAUUCAUAUAACCUACAUAUACUUUAGUUUGAAAUGGUCAUGCUCAAGUUUUAUAUAGUCAACUUACAUCAUGCAACGAUCGGUGUACAAUAUUCAAACCACAUAUAGUUUUCGUUUUCUUUAUAGGAUGUAUCAACCAUUAAUUUAACUGGAAAAAGACAAACAUUAAAAUAUGUAGGUUCAUUUAAUGACAUUAAGUUUAAAUUUGAUUAAAAAAACUCAUUAAUAUAACUGAAAAAGACAAACAUUAAAAUAUGUAGUUUAAUUUAAUUCUCAGUGGCAUUAAAGUGUAAAUAAGUUAGAAAAUUUAGGGGUAUUGUUUAGUGGAUACUUUAGCUUGAAAUGGUCAUGCUCAAGUUUUAUAUAGUCAACUUACAUCAUGCAACGAUUGAUGUACAAUAUUCAAACCACCUAUAGUUUUCUUCAUAGGAUGUAUCAACCAAUCAAUCAUCUUAUUGAUUUUCUAAACUUUAUAAAAAACAAAUCAAUAAAUACAAAGCUUAUAAAUAAUUUAUUAUUAAUAAAAUUAUGAAAUUAUUUACAAUUUAAUAACUAAUUUAUCGCCAUUUUUUAUAUGUUAAAUUUUUCAUAGAAGUUUAAAAAUCAUUGUAUUUUCUUUAAACAUGUAUAACUAAUUUAUAAUCUUUUAUGUCAUACUAAGUCAUAAUAUAAUAUUUUUUUAUAUUUUACAUUAAUACCAUUGUUUUUAUAUAUCAUCCACAAUUCUCUAAUUACGUCUAUUUGUUCAAUUUUUUAUAUAAUAUCGAAUAUUCGUCAUAAAUCGAUGGUUUAAAACGCUAAAAAAAUAAUUUACUUGGUAAAUAUAAUAAAUCAAAUAUUACAAAUACAUCAUUUAGUUAAAUAAAUAACAAAAAAUCGAAAAUUCAUAUGGAUCUAGUUAAAAUAUUAUAUAACGUCCAGAAUCAAGAGCGUCUGUCUGCAUUCAUCAUCUGUGUCAGACAAACUAUUACAUUUGCUAAAAAUAUGUAGACGUGACCAUGUCUUUCCUUAUUGAAUCAUUCUCUUGUAGUUGAGCACUUUUAUAACUCAACGGUCAAUAAUUUCCAAAACAUACAACAACUAUGUCAAUAAAAUAUAAACAGUCGACAAAUAUGUAUAUGAUCCUUUAUUGUCAACGACGUUAAUAUGUUUUCAAAAAAGAAAAAAAGAUGUGAGUUCUAUGAUGUUCUUCAAACCAAGUGUUAACUUGGUAAAAUAGAAAGACCAAGUGUUUACUUAUUUUAAUGAAUCUUAUACAUACUCUUCAUAGUGGUACUUUUUUUUUGACAUCCUUCAUAGUGGUACUUAUAUCUUGCAUUUGACCUUAUCCAUCACAAUAUAAAUAUCGUUUUACAAAACUCCAUCUAUAUCAAGAAAGAUAUUUUAAAAUUUUAUUAUCAAAAAUUGAAAAGCUAGACUCGACAAAAUGAAAAGGUAAAUAAGAUACUUAUUUCUAAUUAUAUUUUAGAAUGACAUCUCAGAAAAUUAAACUCUAAAAGACGAAUGAUACUUAUGAAAUUUUGUAGUUUUGUUUGAACUCAUCUUCUGAUGGAAAUAAUAAAUGGUUAUAUGUUGCAUUUAUUUCUAAUUAUUUGACUCGGUUCUACGUUGAAUAAAGAGACAAGUUGUAUAUGUAAAUCAGUAUGUAUAUAAUUCUCUAAUUCCUCUACCUAAACUAUAAUCUAUGUUGUCAAUAUUAUUUAGCUCAUUAUAUAACUACUAGGAGCCGAUAUAAGUAUUAAAACCAUGGUCAACGGCUAGUCCUAACGGAGCCGUUAAACUUUUCAGACGCCGUUAUCUCUCUCUCUCUUUCUGUGUUCCUCUCCUCUUUUCUUUCGCUAUAAAAAGGUGCUUUCCAUUUGCUUGAUUUACGGGAAAAAUCUUGGAAGUUGUCUGUCUAUCUUCCCCAGAUUUAUUUUUGUUUUGAAAGCAAAACCACAACUUCUUUGCGUCUCUGCUAACAUUCCUCCCGAUAUUUCUGCUCUUAAAUCAAGGACAAGAAAGCUCCCUGCUCACUCUAUAAAACCCUUCUCUUCUUGAACAUUUCCAGGUGAUUUUUCUUGAUUUUUUUUCCUGGCUGAGAAUCUGAGAUGAGUGAACACUUGGUGGUAUAUGUCGACCGACUGAUGCAGCCGGUUCCGUCACCUCCCGUUGAGUCAGAAACACCUGAGCCGUCUUGCAUCAUGGAGGAUAAUGCAGUUGAUAUCUACGAGAGAGAGGGAGAGGAAGAGGAGGAUCCACUGGUUUGGUGGGGGGAGUGUCGUAUUUGUCAGGAGGAGUCUGCUAUUAAGAAUCUUGAGAGUCCAUGUUCUUGCAAUGGAAGCCUAAAGUACGCUCACAGAAAAUGUGUUCAACGUUGGUGCAAUGAAAAGGGAAACACUAUAUGCGAGAUCUGUCAUCAGCCAUACCAAGCUGGAUAUACCUCUCCACCACCUCCACCCCAGUCUGAUGAAACUACUAUUGACAUUGGGGGAGGAUGGACAAUCUCAGGUCUGGAUUUAGACGAUCCAAACCUACUUGCAAUCGCAGAAGCUGAACGUCAGAUUCUAGAGUUGGAGUAUGAUGAUUAUACAGAACCAGAUACUACUCUAGCUGCAUUUUUCCGCAUAUCUGCUCUUAUUAUGAUGACUCUUCUAUUGCGAUACGCACUAACUAUACCAGAUUAUGCAGAUGGUGAAGAGGAGGAUCCUUCUUCAAUACUUUCUCUUUUCUUACUCCGAGCUGCUACUUUUCUUCUUCCUUGCUACAUAAUGGCAUCAGCUAUUAAUAUCUUGCAUCAGCGAAGACAAAGACAGGAAGCAGAGGCUUUAGCCACCCGGUUUGCCUUGGUGCUCAGUUCACGUCAACCUAGAGACAUGGUUAAUUAUUUGUCUAUGGAGCCUUGAUUUACACCACAAUUUAGGUACUUCAGUGAUUUCAUCAGGAAAAAAUUGGUGUGAAAGAGUAACUUGCAAUAAGUGAAAAGAAGAGAUGAUUUGUUGAAUCAAUCUCUAUUUCUUUCACUUGUUGCAGUGGAAUAACACUUUUCUAAUGAAAUUACCGAGUUAUAUGUGGUGUAAUGCAUCAUAAGAUCUACAUGAAGGUUCUUCUGAGUCGGCUUUCUCACAAGUUAAAGCAUGACGAAGGAGUGUCCAAAUUUAGUGCAUGGUUCUUUUAAAAAACUUAAUGAAUCUAAGAUAGAUUCGUGUCAUCCAAUGUAUGUAGAGUUUAGAGUUUCUGAUUUUGUGCAUUGUAUAAUCUGAAAGAUGUUUUGUUUAUUUUUAAACAUUGAGCUUUUCAAUGACAUUACAAGCAUUUCACUAC